CUUUGUCUCUUUGUCUUUUGCUGUUCUUCUUCUUGUUGUUUGUUGGAUUUGCUAUUACAUUCGUUAUUGUAUUUGCUGUUGUAUUCUUAUUGUCAUUCUCUUCUCUUCUCUUGCUCGACCAUCUGCAUAUCUCACAAUGGAGGCGCGCUCCGAGGUCUCCUCCGUCUGCUCCUUCGCUGAAGACACCGUCUCCUCCCCCUCGACCGCCCACUCCUCCGUCUCUGAGACCUUCGUCCAGGACCUCGACUGGAAAGAACUCGAACAGUCUGAAUCAGAAUGCGCUUCCGACUCAAACAUCGCCUUCCUCCUCGCGCGUCUCGACCGUGAGAACGCCCGAUUCGAACGCGACCCUAAAGCGCCCCUAUCGUCACUCCCUGCUGCAUCCACCACCACCAUCACCUCCUCCUCCUCCUCAACUACUCCUUCCUCCACUCAUCACAGACACUCGCGACCCGUCAGCGUCGAUCAGCUUCGCAAAAUCGUCGAAUCCAACGACUCGCUCUGUGUCUCAAUGGUCGGCGCUCCUCCGCCCCUGACCGAUCUAGAGUUUUGGACAGCCCUCGUCGCUGACUACCCCACAACCGCCUCCCGACUUCCCUGCUUGCUUUCAAAGAAGUCCCUCUUCAACUCCCUCGCCGCCGAGCCCUCGCCCUACGACAAAGUCAUCUUCCGCGACCUACACCGCACCUUCCCCGAAGUCGAGAUGUUUCGCGAACGCGGCGGCCCCGGCCAGCAGAUGCUCGGCCAGGUCCUACGCGCCUUCUCCGUCUAUGACAUGCAGGUCGGAUACUGCCAGGGCCUCGCCUUCCUCGUCGGUCCUCUCCUCAUGCACAUGGACGAGCGCGCCGCGUUUUGUGUUCUCGUUCGUCUGAUGGAGGAGUACGACCUGCGCACAAUGUUCACCGCCGACAUGGCCGGUCUUCAUCUUCGCAUAUUCCAAUUCAGCCGUCUGCUCGAACGCUUCGUCCCGGCACUUGGCGUGCAAAACAUCUACGCCACGCAGUGGUUUCUUUCCUUCUUUGCCGUCACUUGCCCGCUCAGUAUGCUCCUGCGCAUCUACGACGUCAUCUUCGCCGAGGGCGCGCUCGAGACCCUCAUGCGCGUCUCGAUCGCAAUCAUGCAGGCGAACGAGAGCACAUUACUCAGUCUCAAAGAAGAAGACGAGGUCCUUGCGUUUCUGCUUGGGCGGAAUCUCUGGAGCGUGUACGACGCCGACGACGAGCGUCUGAUUUCCGACGCCAUGGCGCUCACCACCGUCGCAACCCGCCAAGUCCUCGAAGAACUAGAGCAAGAGUACAACGUCAGCCGCGUAAGCUCCUCCUAUUCUAACGGCGCGUCAUCUUCAAUCUCGUCAUCCUCCGACUCCAAAGCGGCCGCGACAACAGACUUGCACGCGGCAGCAACCCGCUUCCUAGGUCGUAUCUGGUCCACAUACUCUGCGCCGUCGUCAACCAGCGCGCGCAGCGUGCGCCGCCAGUCCUCGCGCUCGUCGCUCACGUCGUCUGUGGCGCAGUCGGAAUACAGCACAAACACAGACGCCGACAACAACUCGCAGUUCUUCUUUGACGACGAACCGCAUAAAGCCGAUCCGGAGCUGCACCGGCAGAUCGAGGACCUCGUCAUCGCGCUGAGCACGUUGCAGCGCCAGCACGCGUCCGUGGUCGAGGAGCUGGAGGCUGAGAAGCGCGCGCGGGCGGAAGACCGCGUGGCCACCGCCGAAGAAGACGAGGCAGUCCAGCGCGAGCUCGAGUACGUGCAAGAGAAAUUCAGCACGGCGCCGGAGAACCUGGAGCGGGUGACGACGUUCAAGGACCUAGCGCGACAGAUUGACGACGCGCGCGCAGAGACCGAGUUUGAGCGCGAACGGGUCUCGUUCUUGAAACGCGACCUGGACUGUAAAUGCUCGGAAGUGCGCGAUCUCAAGGAUCAAUUGUUUGAGAUUAGGAACCGGUACCAGGAUUCGCAGCGCGAAAAGGCAAAGUACGAGCGUAUGCUGAACGAGGUUCGGCAGCGCAGCGUGAUCGUGCCAGCGGCUUCCCCGAGAGAGGACGAGUACGAGUACUACGACCCCCCUUCGCCCGGUGUCGGAAGUCCAAGCCCGUCUCUAUCCGUCAGCAAAAACGCUUCUUCUUCCGCAAUGUCACCAACCACCUCCUCCUCAUCAACAUCCUCAUCAACAUCAUCGUCCUCGUCGACAGGUCUGCGAGAGCUCCGACUAGGCCGGCAAAACCAGACGCAGAUCCGCUCGCCGCAGCUGCAACCCCACGCGACAUUCAGCAAACGCAGUAGCUCGCUGUUCACUUCUGAAGACAUCGCCGCCGCUCUGCAGUCUCCCAACACUACCCCAAAACUGAGCUCAUUCGCGACUUUCCAAUCACCGCAGGUGACCCAGCAGCACACUUUCACCGCCGCUGAGCCAACAACAGCAACAACAGCAACAAUCAAGCAAUGCGAACAAUGCGAAUCCCUCAAACUCGAGCUCGUGACUGCGAAAACUAGCGAGGUCAUUGCGCGCCAGGAAUGCGAAGAAACCAAAAACAAGCUCGAAAAGCUGAAACGCAGCUUCAGCUCCGCAGGCGUCACACCCUCCUCCUCCUCCUCCUCCUCGUCGGGUAUUGUCGCCGGCGCAGGCCAGAACAUUGCCGCGCCGAGGAUUAGUCCGCAGCGGACGACGCCGCCGGCGGGGGUGAGUGGCGGAGAGAGUUCGUGGCCGAAGAUUGGCAAGUUUGCGUGGAGUCGUUAGGAAAAUGAUUUGUGUCUAGAUCUAUGUGAUGAUAUUAUAAUUUUGUGACUAAUAGAGAUAACUAUUAUUUUUGUAACAAUGCAUUUUAUUAGAAUAAUUAUGAAUUAGGAUG